AUGAAAAAGGGAAAGGGUUCACAAGUUACUCUCAAAUCCAAGUCACAUUCUUCCGAAAUUCAAGGAAAAAAACAAGAAAUCGUGCUGCCGCCGCUGGAUGAACUAAAAGUUCGCAUUAGAAACCUUCGACUUACGAGCCUCGACCGCGUACCUCACUGCGUCACAGUUACGUUUUUUGACCAGAUUCUGAUCAGCGAGUCGAUUAUGCCGAUAGGAGCAAGAGAUCCUGAAGUGGAGGAUCUGUUCAAUAGUCUAGAUAUUAGUGGUAACAUGAGCUUUGACCCUUCAGACUACGCGAAAAUGUGUCUAUUUGCCGAUAACCCAUUAAUUGUUAAAAUUCAGAUCGCUGAUCAAUCGAAACGUGUGCCAUGUCCAAGUUGCUGCAACAUAGAUAUCCUACCGCUGUUUCAAGGUGACACUUGCAUGCGAAUUUCAAAACGCAUGGAGCCAAUGAUCGAGCCGACUGUUCUGCAGCUGAAGAGCUGGGAUAACUUACCCUUGAUCAGUAUAGAGCUCGAAAUGGUCCGAAACCCUGAAAACAAGCUCCACCACGAGAUCCUGGACGCUGCCAACGUUUUGAAAAUGACAGUCGUCGCUGCUUAUAAUCUUAUUAAUACACAUCAUACAUCGUUCGAGUAUGUUGCUGCCUCUAAAAUACGAUUAAGUAAUGAAUCCUUGAGGCGUUACGUUAGUAGCCCAGAUGUAAACCUCGAGCGCGAGGUAGCAAAUUCGUCACCCGUCUCUUCUACGCCAUUCCAAUUGAUAGACGAUGACCCCGCGGACGAGUGGCAAGACGCGACGGAUGGGGAAGCGCAGGUAGAUGUAGGAGAGCUGCCGCAACAGCUCGUGGAGAGGGAAGUGCCGCUGGCAGAGGUCGGAGAGCCCACACCUACAGUGACGGUGGAAGCAACAGAAUUGUCACCACCGGCAGUUGAGGUCGAAGGCUUAGGGGAUCGUGUCCUGAGACCCCGGAAGGCUUCGGGUAUCGGAACGUUCAAGAGCACUCCAUAUCCGAAAAGAUUUUCAAUUAACAGUUUUUACCCCAAAUGGGAAAGCAUUUCGUACGAAGAUUCUUUUAGGAAAUGUGAUGAAAAAAUAUGUUCCAGCCUGGAUGAUGUGCAGAACAAUGAAAACAUUAAUUUAAAUUAUUACUUGAAUCAGGAGAACCAAAGUAAUGCCGUGGUUUGGGCUUCAUUCCACCGUAGCCUGGUGUUGGCAGGUGAGGUGCGUCUCCUCAAUGACCACCUGCGCCAGUACCAGUGGCCGGUGGAAUUUCACAUGACCAACGAGGAGGGCGGUUUCCGCUUCAUGGGCUUUCUGGAUUUAUCCAAACUCCUAUACCCUGGAGAGACCACCGUACGCCUGGCGGUUCCUCUACUAUGGUUAAACAGCUUUGUGAUGUUGGCAAAAUGCGGUUGCGAACCGUUCUUGAACUCCAACGAAAGGACACCACGCUCUACGGCGGGCUCCGCGAAUCAAGCAAUCAAAGAAACAGCGGCGACUUCUGGAAGUGCGGUUACGGAUGAUACAAUACCGCAGCUGCUGCCGACGGGAGCCGAUGAUUGCCCCGCGUUCAUGAUCGUCGAGGUGACGCUGGCCAGGCCCUUGUUCAAGGCGAUUAUACCGCCCUUCAUUCCUGAGUCAAAAAUCGACAAGAUGCUCGGUGAGAAGGCAGACACGAUGCCUACAUGUAUCGGCCGCGGGCAGCAGAACAAGCAGUGGCGCGACACUGUAACCAGCGGUGCUGAAGUUCUGCGCGGGCUACCUCACUUCGGAAUAACAGAAUUCUGCUCUUUCAACCGCCAGCUAAGUAAAACGCGCACGCGUAUCGAGUUGUCCACCUCAUUCUGGCAGGAAGCGGCCAUCUACGUCAACAACAACUUCGUCGUGCAGGAUUUCGUGUACUCUGACAACACUUUUGAAGAGAUGGUAAUGAUGGCGCACUCAUGCCUAGUACGCGAGGCCUCCAAGGCUCUGGUUGCCAGCGAGUCAGAGCAGGACCACACUCUGCGGGCCGCGAGGCACGCCCGCCAGCUGCAAGACAUCCCACAUGCCAUAGAGCUGUAUUUGCAAUUGGUGACCGAGAAUCAAAACAAUGCGAACAGCUGGCGGGAACUGGCCACUUGCAUGAUGGAUGAGGACAUUGACCUCGCCAGAGUGUGCAUCAAUGAGGCGUUGCUACUGAACCCUCGGCACCCGCUAACGCUACUCUCGAAAGGUUCCAUGUUGCACCAAGAGGAUCCGGAAUCAGCAGAGUUGUUUUUCACGGCAAUUUUAGCAUUAUAUCCAUUCUGGACUUCCGGUUGGGUCAUAGCGCAGGCUUUCUAUGUCGAGCGCCAGGAGUUCCUCAUGGCCGAUAAAAUCCAGUAUUUUGUGAAAGAGACUCGAACUGAAAACCUGGCAGUGGACCUAGCACCUGAGCGAGGCUGGGAGAAGGAACUUGGCGACUGGUGGUAUUCCACACCUCUUCUGCCUGCCACGAAUCAAUUCCUAGAGGCCGCUGAUCUCUUAUUGAGAUUACGUACAAUGCCGCUGGCAGAAGUAUGCUUGGCACGAGCGCUGUCAAGUCAGGGCGUGACGCCGGCGUACUCGCACCUCGUGACGCUGGCCUGCCGACUGCGCGGUGACAUCGACAACGCGCUCUGUCUUCUCAAAGAAGGAUUUGAUUCUUUUGGAGAGGUUAACUAUUUGCACAGUUUACAAGCGGAAUGCUUGAAAAAAAAGAAAAAUCACAACGCAGCUUUUACAUCUUUCGAGAAAGCUGGCAACUGUGUAAACUCAUACAGUAUACUGAGCGCACUACCGGGCCGAGAGCCGCAGCGAGCACGCAGCGUGCUCGUGGACCUGCUGCGCCGGCAACCCAGCGCCUACGCCUGGAUGGCCCUCGCCGACGACUGGCUCAUGCGCCAAGUUGCGGCUGGGAAACUCGGCGGCGCCGGCGACGCGGACGCCGAGGUAGCUAUGUCGGCGUGCGCGGCGGCCUGCGCCGAGCAGGCGCUGCGGUGGGACCGCCGCUGUGCCCGCGCCUGGGCGCUGCUCGCACAGCUCGCCAAGCCCAAGGCUCGUCGAGCCCACUGCAAGGCUAUGGCUACUUCUUUUGGCUACAAAUGGAGUGACGAGAACUGUGAGUUGUCCGGAGCCCAGCAGUCCCUGUGCCACCUGCUCGGCUCGGCGCUCCAGGAGUGUCGCUGCAACCUCUGCGAGACCACCGACAAACCUGACUGCGCUCAUUUAGAAUGUGAAUGUGUUAAAUCUGUACUUCUUUAACACUGUUAAUUUAGAUUGUACUUAAUGUUUCUGAACAUUUAUAAUAAAGUAUUCCGUGCA